GCCAGAAAGUUACCACCGUAACACUCCUGGAAGGUCAGAUUUUGCAUUUCUUUUAUGUCUGCUCCAGCUGAACAGGGCAGGAAAGAUGCUUAUUGCUCAUGUUAACGCUUAAAAGUCAACACACUCUUUAUUCUUUAUAUUUCACCUGCAAAUGCUCUGUCGCUGCCCGUGAGGACGAUAGCGCCCACGUCUCCGUCGCUCUCAAACGCGUCCAAGGCCUGACCCAACUCUCUCAUCAGGCCGUCACACAGCGCAUUGAGAGCUUUAGGUCGGUUCAGUUGGAUGAAACCCACAUUCUUGUUCUCUCCUCGCUUCUCCACCAUAAUGUACUCAUACUGUGCACCUGAAAACAGUGAUCGUCACUUGAUUCUUUCCCAGCUGUUGAUCCCAGACCACAAGAUGGAAAAUGCAUAUUAUUGGCAUUAUCACCUUCAUAGCUCUUGCAUUUUACUGGGUUGCACUGGUGUAACUACUCUUAGUAGAAGAUAGUUCAACUAAAUGGCUCCAAAUUUAAUACAGUAGAGUCUCAAACAAAUGCUCUGAUAAAACAAUGUAAUUCGAAACGUGGACAAUAGGUCUCGCCUCUAUUCGUUUUGCAUGUGCACUAAUUAUAACUAUUUGAUUCACGGUUGAGUGCAACGGCAGAAGUUUGCAGCAUGCUUGCCAAUUCCGUGACGCACAUUGCAUGACAUUGAACGGGCGCCGUAUGCCUUCAAACACUCACCCGAGCUAUAGAGGCGAGCGGCGGCCAAGAGACCAGGCGCUGCUCGGCCCGACUUUAGGAGCAAGGUCGCAUUUCUGCAAAGAAAAGCCAUGUCAGCAGCCACCACCAACAAUGACUGUUGACUCUGAACUUGUGACUACAACAGCAAUGGAAUCAGUGUACUUCCGGGUACGUGUCUUCUUUUGUGGCUAGCAGUAGUACACAUUCAAGUAGUGUAGCACUACCGUCAUCUAGCGGACGGGAGUGGAACAACUUUUGUAUUCGCAUUAGAUACAGCGACAGAUUGAUAUACAGUAGAUAGAUGUGAUGUUAUCUUAUACAAUAUAAAAUACAUUGUGAAAAUGAGAUAAUUCAAUUGUUAUUGUGAAAAUUAAAUUCUUUUCCGUAACUAGCUUUUCAAUGUUGUCUUUUCGUGUACGCGCUGCUCGUCCCCCGUGAACGCGAACAGCAUCCUCCGCGAUCUCCAUCCUUUUUGUCUUUGAGCCCAGCAUAAACACACACCGAAAUAAGAUGAACCAGGUGCUUGCAACUUGCUGGGCUUGCCUCCUGCUGUCCGCCUUCCUGUGUGAGCCCGCACUGUGCAAAGGUGGCCGCGGCGGGUCCAGGGGCUCGUCUCGAGGCUCCCCGGCCCGUAGUUCAACAGCCGGUUCCUACCGCGGGGCAGGCAGCUACGGCGGCCCACGCUCUCGUUUCAGGGUGGCGGGGCGGACGUCCCCAGUGAGGGUAGCUGGUGCUGCGGCUGCGGGGGCUGCAGUUGCCCUGACGGCGGAUAAAUGGUACGCGUCCGCCUACCGCCGCAACAAUGCAGAGAGCUCAGAGGAUGAGCUGGAUUAUUACAACAGGACCAGUUACUUUGAUGCCCAAAUGUCUGGCUCCACAAGGGGAGCCUCUUUCUGCCAAAUGCUUUCCAUCACCGUGGCAACACUCUCCUCCAUUGCACUCCUGCUGGACUCAAUACUGUAGACUUAUGGAUAAACACACUGGACUUGACUAAUGCAGGACAGGCUGCUUGCAAAGACUGGUGGGAAGACACAACCACAAAAGAAACACUGUAACUGUUUACUUACACUUAAACACACCACUAAUGCUCACUCCUGAACGAUCACACCAGCUUGUGUGUAUCUGAAGAUGCACAGCCAAAAUUAAUAUUUCCUUUACUUUAGAAUAUGCACUUCAAAUUAAGUUACUAGUAAGCCACGACCCUGCACGGGAUAAUCUAGAUGCUCCUUGGACGACUUCAUAAAUAAAUGCAUUCUUUUUUUUAAUUUUUAUAAAAGAACAAUGUUUACUUUUUGAGGCCACUGAUGUUAAGAGUCAGUGUCCCUAACCAGCUAAAAAAAAAAAAAGUCCCCUUUUAAAACUCACGUGGUGCUGCUGAAACAUUGAAAUGUUGUGAUGUAUCGUCUGUAAGCCUCUUCCUCCUGUUAGGAGCACUAGACUGUUCCUUACCUCUAGCACUUCUGUACAUAAUAAUACCUUUGUUAUCUGUCUCAAUGCAAAUAAAUACACGUUAA